AUGGAGCAAGAAGGUAUUCCAAAGUAUAUCAAUGCCCAAGGCAAAGUCGAAUUUGAAUAUUUCUUGACUUCUCCACCGCCACAGAUGCCAACAUUACCUGAUGGAAAGAUGGAUGAAGAAAAAGUUCUUGAAAUGUUCAACGAUACCAUCACUGAGAUGGAUAUUCACGGUGAAAAGAGAAAACCUCUUGAAGCCAAGCCAAUUGAACAGAAAUGGAACUUCGUUCUUUUGCAAAACCAACUUAAUAGACAAUUACCGGCACCCGAAUACUUAAUUAAAGUUCUUAAAGCACAUGAUGUUGUACAAGGAGCUAACAAAGAAAGAUUAUCAGCAAUUCUUGAUAAAUUGUCCGUACAACUUAAAUCUUCCAUUCUUUCAUGGAGUACACGAUUUUUCAACGCUAAUGGCCAUCUUACAUUAUUAUCAAUCUUAUCCAAGAAGGUUGCCUGCUUAAACGGUUACGAUUCUCUCGUCCGCGAAGAUGCAGACUCCCUCAUCAACGUACUCGUCUGCUUCCGUGCCAUUUGCAACUCUAACUCUGGUGUCAAGCUCAUGUUGAAUUAUCCAAACGCUUUCCCACUUUUCGUUAACUCAAUUUAUCCAGAUCUUCCUCGUACGAUUGAAACAGCGCUCCAGAUUCUGGUCGUCCUCAUCCUCAAGGAAGAAGAUCCAGUAAAGGCUGAGAGAAAUCUCCGUAAUAUCAUGAAGGCCUUCCAAAACCUUAAACGUUCGCACCACGGCUGGAAGAUUCUUGCGGCUGCUGUUAAGAAAGAAUUACAGUCCGGAUCCGCAGCUCUUUUACUCUCUUCUAUCGUUACAUUUAUCACCGGUCUUUAUGCAGCCCUUACCGACUACCCAUCCUUCAGAACGGACUGGCUUCUUGCUAUACAGCAAUGCGGCCUCUAUUCUGUCCUCGGAGAAGUUUCAAAGGAGCAAUAUCCGAACCUACCGAAGCUUCUUAACACAAUGGAGAUCGAAUUACGCACAAUCAAGACUCUCUUCCAGAAGCAGGUAGUCAACCCAUACAACCAGAAGGCCAUCGUCAAGAAACUUUACGAAGCUUCCGAUCCAAAGUACAUUGUUCCAAGUAUCCUUCUUCAGAUGCUUGAUACAGCCUUCAAGAACCCAUCCCUCUUCAAGGGAAUCACUACAUUCAUUCACAACUUCCUCGCAAUCGCUCGUGCCCAAAAUCAAGGCAACGGUACACAGAGAUUGAUGCAAGCUAUCGCUAUUGCACAAGAUCUCCGUGUUCCAAUCAAGCUACGCCACUUAAAUCCAGAUGUCGAACCAUCCGAACUCAUGACUAUGUACAUGUUCCAGACUUCUGAGGAAAUGGAGCAGCAGCCAAUCAUGGAACUCGUUUCCGAGGCCGCCCAGAGCAAGGUUGCCGCCAACCUCCAGAAGAUGACAGAAGGAGAUCAGUCAGCACCAGAAACCCCACAAGUCAGCGCAAACGCCAGCAGCAGCGAGAUCCAGAAACUCAUUGCAGAUUACGAGAACAAGCUCAUAACUGCCAACCAGCAGAUCGAAGGCCUCAAGUACUCAGCGAAAUCCGCCAUCGAGAACAAAGAGAAAGAAUCACAGAGAGCAGACGCUGAAGCACAGAAGGUAAUUGAACUCGAGAAGAAGCUCAAAGCACUCGAAGCACAGCCAAAGGAGAGCGCAGAUACAAAAGAACUCAUCGAGUACAAGCAACAGGCUGAAGAAAUCCUUUCUACACUUCGUUCCCAGAUUGCUACACUUACAGCUGAGAAAGAGUCUCUUCUCGGCAUGUUGAAUGCAGCAAAGGCAGCCAUGGACAGCGGUGAGAAGAUAGAGAUCGAUAUGUCUUCUAUCAGCGCAUCACCUGCCAAUGGAGAUCUCAAGUCACAGAUCGAGGCAAAGGAUGCUGAAAUUGCCAAGUUGAAGGCUGAUUACGAACAAGUCAAGGCAGAACUCGAGAAGACAAAGCAGGAACUCGCAGCAGCACAUGCAGGUGGAGCUCCAGCCGCUCCAGGACUUGUUCCACCACCUCCGCCUCCACCAGGCGGUGUUCCUCCUCCACCUCCUCCACCAGGCGGCGUCCCACCACCUCCGCCUCCACCAGGAGGAGUUCCACCUCCACCUGCUCCACCUGGAGUUCCUGCUCCACCAGGAGUUCCUGCUCCACCAGGCGCUCCAGCACCUCCAGCACCAGGACUUCCUAAGAAGCCAUCCCCAGCACCACCAGUCAAGACAAAGGCAAUCUUCUGGACAAAGAUCCAGGACGCUCAGUACGAGAACACAAUCUGGAAGUCAAUCGAUGAUUCAAAGGUCUCUUUGAACAAGGACAUGCUUUGCGAACUUUUCGCUGCUGCAGAACCAGCAAAGAAGGAGAAGGAUCCAGACGCUGCUCCGAAGAAGGAGAAGCCAAAGUUCGUCGAAAUCAUCGACCAACAGAGAGCCAAGUCAAUCUCCAUCAUGCUCGGCCGUAUCCGUUCUCCAAUCAACGAAAUCGCAAACAUGAUCAAGAACUUGGAUCAGAACCUCUCAGAAGAUGCAAUCGGAUCCCUCAAGAACAACGUCCCAACACCAGAUGAAAUCGGAAGUGUCGAAGCUUACGAUGGCGACAUGUCACUCCUUGGCCCGCCAGAACAGUACGUCCUCGCUGUCUCAAAGAUUCCAAUGCUCCAGCAGCACGUCGAGUUCUUGGCCCUUAGACAGUCAUUCGAGGAAUCGAUGAACGAUAUCGAAGUACCAGUUGAGAUCUUGUCAACAGGCUUCAAGCAGCUCAAGUCAUCAAAGAAGCUCAAGGACCUCCUCCAGUACAUCUUGGCUAUCGGUAACUUCAUCAACGGUGGCACAAACAAGGGUGGCGCUUACGGCUUCAAGUUCGACUUCUUCACGAAGAUCUUGGAUCAGAGAACAAACAGACCAGGCUACACAUUACUUAACUACAUCGCAGAGACAUUCGAUGUCGCAACAUUAUGCGAAGAGUUGAGCGGAAUCAACAAGAUGUUGUCUGUCGAUUUCGAUACAACCAAGCAAAACUACAACAAGCUCAACGGCCAAGUCAACGGACUUUCCAACCAAGUUGGAGCUGCUGAGAAGUUGGUUGUCGAAGGAUACAUGUUGGCACCAACAUUCAUGAAGUUCAAGGAGUCUAUCGAACCAAGACUCGCUAAGCCACCGGCUGCAAUCGAACAGAUCGCAAAGGAUUACGAAGAGUUGGUCAAACUCUAUGGCGAAGACAUCGCAAAGACAAAGAUGGCAGAAUUCUUGGAAGUCUUCGUUAACUUGGUCAACGGACUCAGACAGGCAGACGAGGCAAACAAGAAGCGCGAACAGGACGAAAAGAAGGCCGCAGAGAGAGCUGCAAAGGCUGCUGCUCGCGGUGGACCAGGCGCAAGAUUACCAGGUAUGGUAAUGGGAGGACCAGGCGGAGCUGAACGUGGUGUCCUCGAUGAGCUCAUGAACAGCCUCAGAGAAGGACCAAUCGCUUUGAGAAAGACUCCAAAGCCUGGAGCUGUCGCGGUACAGCCAGCUCAGCCUGAAAUGUCUGAUCUCCAGAAGCGCCUUGCUGCAAGACGCGCUAAGAUGGGUGGCGAUUAA